AUGUUGAAAUCCAAAAAAAAGUUGAUAAUUGAUCACAGAAAAAAUAAUCUCAACGAGGAACUAAGACCACUAAGACCACAUCCGAUCACAAUGGGAAAGCGAAAAAGCCAAUUAAGUGAAGAGCAGGAUGGAAGUUUUAUUGCUAGCGAAAUGAAAAAGCAAUCAACAGAGAACACUACAACAAGAAAACCACGUGGAAAAAAUAAUAAAAUAACGGCCGCUCAAGCUCAACGACUGGUUGAAAAUCAUAAACAGCUUCAACAGAACGCAUUCAAUUUUGCCAACCCUUUUCAACCGGAGCCAAGCCCACCAGUUUGGCCAUUUGAUUCAACAACAUCCAUUUCAUCUAAGCUCCGGUUCUCACCUUAUACGCCAAUGCCAUUUAGAAACAAUGUUCCAAACCUACAACCAUUUCAACUUCACCAAUCUGUUCAACCUCUAUCUUCAACUCAAAUAGACCAACUACUUGCCUAUCAAUCCAUUCUAAACGGAUGGAAGCCUAGUUCUGGCAAUGUUUGUACACAACCAAAUGCUCUCCACCAGUACCUACAACCAGCGGCUCCCGUGGUGCAGCCAGUGCAAAAUACGCGGGGAUACAACUUUAAUUUUGGAAAUGAACAUCUCCAGCAACAUAUCAAUCAAGCAAACUUUGCUCGACAAGCAGCAUAUGAAUCCAUCCAAGCACCCAACAAUUUGCUUUACGGUCAAGAUCUUCAACCAAAUAACUUAUUGAGUGAAUUUCAAAAGAUGCUUUCUCUAAAUCAAGCAACCGCGGCAGCAACACAUUCUGCACAAUUCAAUGGGAUAUUCGAUAAGUUUUUUUUGUGGUUUUUAGCAAGUUAUUAG